AUGAAAAGACACAAAUUUUACUUUAUAAGGAUUUUCCUACAUACUUUGCAUGGAAUAUAUAUUUUCGAGUUUGGAGUCCGAGAAAAAAAGCAAAAUGUUAUUGGUAAAAUAGUUUCUACUAAUCCAUCUGAGGGCGAGAGAUACUUUCUAAGAGUUUUAUUGAAUCAUGUUAAAGGGCCUAAGUCUUUUCAAGAUUUAAGAACAGUUAAUAACAUUGUUGUGCUUACUUAUCGCGAAACUGCAUUUUUACAUGAUCUAAUAGGAGGUAGUGGAAAAACUUUUCUGUACAAGGCAUUACUUGCUGCAGUACGAUCUCGACAACUUAUUGCAUUAGCAACAGCGUCAUCGGGAGUGGUCGCUUCUUCAUUGCCGGCUGGGCGAACUGGUCAUUCACGUUUUAAAAUCUCACUUCAAGCAAGUUCUGAUAUGCGAUGUUCAGUAAGUAAACAAUCAUCACUUGAUCAACUUUUACAAAUGACAAAGCUAAUUAUGUGGGAUGAAGCACCGAUGAUUAAUAGAUGUGCUUUUGAAGUUUUGGAUAAAAUGUUAAAAGAUAUUAUUGAAUGUGAAUUGCUAUUUGGGGUAAAGGUUGUUGUGUUCGGAGGAGAUUUUCGACAAGUGUUGCCAGUAGUACAAAGAGGAACAAAAGAUGACAUCAUGAAGGCCAAAAGAGAACAUACAUAUCACAUGAUUAAACUUCCUUCAGAUAUAAUAAUAGAUUUUGAGAGUAAAUUUGAAUCAUUGAAAAAACUAAUUGCUAUUGUAUUUCCUAAUUUUCACACAUAUGGUGACAAUUUGAAUACUAUGAUGAACAGAGUUAUUUUGACUUCAAAAAAUGAACAUGUAGAUGUAAUAAAUAAUAUGUUAGUUAAAGAAAUUCCAGAAGAGAUAUUUACAAAUUUUAGUUUUGAUGAAGUAAUUGAUAAAACAGAAUGA